CGGAGCCUGGGGCGGGGCGGUGUCCGGCUCGGGGAUGCUGUAUCGCGUCUCCCGUCCGGUAACAGGCGCAGGCUUUCGGUGGAGAGUUGUGGAAGUGUGCGUUUUUUUUUUUUUUUUAUCUCUUUGGGAGACUUCGUCGGUAGUUGAAACUUGUUGCCAUUCGUGUAACAUUUCAUUCUUCGGAAUGAUGGAUUUCCUUUUGGAGAUAGGAACGGAAGUGUUUACGGAAGAGAUGUUUUUAAGAGAAAUGAAUAGAAAUAACCCAUUUUGAGGAAGCCAUGGCAAAAUCAAUUACAAAACACAGAGUUUGUUCUCGGGAUUCUUCAGUGUCUUCUCUGCUAGCAAGCUGCAGCCUGAGUGGUAGCAAUUCCUCUAACUCUGAUGGCUCUUUUCAAUAUAAGGAUAAACUGUAUAGUUCUGCCUCUCAGGCUCUACAGGCCUAUAUUGAUGAUUUUGAUUUAAGCCAGAUGUAUCCUGGUGCAAACACUGGAAAGAUUAACAACAAUAGGUGUUCUGCUCAUAUGCCAGAAUUCUCCAACUAUAUUUGUAAACCAAACAAUGCUUUUGAAAAUGUUGAUCACAAAAAAAGCUCCUUGUCCUUAUCCUGUAGAAGAGAGACUGUUAAUGACAUAGACUCCAUUAGCCUAACAACUGAUGAUCUGUUAAAACUUCCAGCAGAUGGAUCAUUUUCUUUUGCUUAUGUUGGAUCAAAUCAUCGAAUUAGCAAGAAAAAGAAGAAAUGCAUUGGAAGACUGAGUUCAUCAGAUACUGAGAAGAAUAAAAAUUUUCAAGAACCCUCCACUCCCAUGUGCAAGGAUAACUUAGUUACUCCCGUUGUAUACACAAAUAUAAAUGGAAAGCAAUGUGGUAGGCUGAAAAACCCAAAACUUGUGAGUAAGACUAAUAAAUGCGUUUCUGAACCAUCUUUACCUUUUUCCAAGAAAUUGUCUUUCGAGGACAGUUCAGAACACAGUCUUGAAAAGAAUUACCCAAGAUGGCUCACUAGCCAGAAAUUGGACCUUAAUGUUUCAGGGAUAACUAGUAUACCUGAUUUCACCUACCCAGUGUGGCUCCACCAUCAAGACUUGCUACCUGAUACAAAUAGUCAAAGGAUAUAUAAAAUAUUUAAAGAAGAUCGGUGUUCCCCUAGACAUAGUUACCAGGCACAAAGAACUUCUCGACUUAUGAAUAAAUUAGAUUGUUUUGAAUAUUCUUUUGAACCCUCAAACAUUUCAGAUUCCUUGAAUGAUGAUAAAGGAUUGAUUAAUGAAUGUAAAUGUGAUUCUCAACACAGCCAGUGUCAAUGUGAGAAUCCAGUUCUCCCAGGACAAACCAAAAAGCCAUUCAGUGGUGACAAAAUUGAAUUGCUUAUCCUGAAGGCCAAGAGAAAUCUAGAGCAUUGUGUUGAAGAGUUUCCGAAGUCUAAGAAAAAGGAUGAUAGUCCUUGUUCAUUAGAUAAACUUGAAGCAGAAAGAUCAUGGGAAAAUAUCCCUGUUACUUUCAAAUCUCCUGUUCCUGUUAACUCUGAUGAUAAUCCUCAACAAACUUCAAGGGCAAAGUGUACUAAAGGGUUCCUCGAAGAUUUUUUAAAUAAUGAUAAUCAGAGCUGUACCCUUUCUGGAGGGAAACAUCAUGGACCUGUUGAAGCCCUGAAACAAAUGUUAUUUAAUCUUCAAGCAGUACAAGAAAGUUUUAAUCAGAAUAAAACUGUAGAUCUGAAAGAAGAAAUUAAGCAAGUUUCAGAAGACAAUUUCUCUCAAUUACAGUUGAAGGAAAGUAUGGUUCCUAUUACUAGAUCACUUCAAAAGGCUUUGCACCAUUUAUCUCGCCUGAGAGACCUGGUUGAUGAUACCAGUGGGAAACAGUCACCGAAAACAUGAAGAGGAAAAUAAAACAUUCCAACCAAUAAAUAGUCACCACAGAACAAAAAUGUAUAUUUUUCCUAUUCCUUAAACUGACAAAGAAAUUAUAACUCAUACAUUAUUCUGUGAUUGGUUCAAAUAUUAUAUGUUUUUUUUAAAAACCAAACUUGAAAAUGUGCAUAGAUUUUGUGACCUAUUCUCAUUUUAUGCCAAAAUGCUAGAAUGUGAACUUGAAGGACCCACACUGUGUCCUACAGUCUGAUUUUGGUUUUCAGGCCAGCAUAUGUCCUAUAUUCAAAGGUGGAUGAUUUCCGUUCUUGAAGCUGUAUUACAUGGAUUUAAUCUUCUUGAACAUCCUCAUCAUUUUAUCAUCUGUUUCUGGAUUAUUAACAAACUCUUCUUGGUUUCUAUCCAAAAUCUCUUCAGUAGACUUUUUGAUACAAUUAACAUCUACUUUUAAGUAGCUUAAAGGAAUAUCAAAGUUGUUAUGGUGUAUCUUAUCCAUAUAGAGUAUGUUACUUUUAAUUUUCCUAAGUAUUUAAGAUAUGUUGUAUUUGCAAAUAACAUUAAUUUAAUGACGGGGUGACACACUGCUAAAGGAACGUUGUUUUAUGUUGUGAAAUCCAAGAGAAAACCUCAUUUAAUUGAUAUUUUGAUUUUGAUUCUGUGUAAGAUAAUCUUGGUCUUGAUAGCUUACAAAGCAUUUCAGGGGUGUAUAUUUGAGAAUUUAAUAUUUUGGUACUGAUUAUUUCCCAGACUUUAGUUUUGGGGUUAGCUCAAACUAAUAAAAGCUAUGAGAUCAGUGACCAAUUACUUCAUGCAAUUUGACAAAUAAAAUGAAUAUGGAAGAUCCAAAAGCAACUCUGUAUUAUGAAGCUAUUUUGUAAGAACUGAACUUUCUUUAAAGCAGUCUGUAGUCUAAAGUCUGUCUCUAGCUGGAACUGAACUGAGCUCUGUAAUUUUGCAUUUUCUACCAAGUAAACUUCUAAUAAGCAAGAAAGCAUCUUUACCAACAACACUAGGAAUUAAGUCAUAAAGCAUAUUUUAAAAGCC